AUGGGAGUACACAACAUUACAGACCAGGUGAGCUAGCAUGCUAGUUAGCUAGCUAUCGCGUUAAAUGAAUAGCCUAUUUGGCUGGCUAGUUAGCUAGCUAAUCCAGUGUUUUGAUUAAAUUUUCCUGAAAGUUGACCAGUGCAAUAACGUCACUGGUGCAAGUAUCUGCAAGCAAUGUGUCGUAGGAUUGCUAGCUAACGUUAGCUAAACCUCGGCCCGGCCUGAUGCGGAUUGAUGCUGUCUGCAAACUGUUCACUUGACUUAGCUAGAUGCGAUUUCUUGCUAACCACACAGUCUGACGUUCUCCUGUGCUUAUCCGCAGCCUCCACUGGUCCAAGCAGUUUUCAAUCGGAAUGCCGAUGAAAUUCAACUACUAUUGCACAACAAGAAAGAGGACGUCAAUGCACUGGUAUGUUUGUGCCAGUGCUAGCUACAGCUCGUGCUAGCUAUAGCUCUGGUUUAUGGCGUGUUGAUAUUGUAGCUAGCUACUGUAUCGCAACAUUUUCCCAGUUAGUUAUUACAAGUAGAGGGGUGCCAGGUGGAUCCUUUUCCCAGUUCAUGUGAUGAGGCAUAAUUAUAUAUCUACAAUAAUAGUAGAAUGUCAACAGAAGGCCUAAAUGUAGAUCUUUCAGCAAUAUUUCAUCAAUAUACUUAUUGGUGGCUGUCGGUGUAAGAGGGAGAUGGAUUUUGCAUCUUACUAUAGAUUAUUAAUUUGUCUUACCUUUUCCCACAGGACCAAGAGCGACGUACCCCGCUACAUGCUGCUGCCUGUUUGGGGGAUGUUCAUAUAAUCGACCUCCUCAUCAAUGCAGGUAAUUGUGACCAAAAUUAACCAACCAACCACUGGCAGCUAUGUUCACCAAACAGAACUGCCCACGUCUGACCUCCUGCUGUGUGUGCAAUGAAAAGGUGGUUUUGGUCUACUUGCAGUUGUAGUAACACUGUAUAGUGUCUGUUCAUUGUUCAUUAGUCUGACUACAACAUGAAAGAAAUGACUACUGUACUUGUCAUGGCCCUCUAAUAUUGCACCUUGUUUUGUACACUCAUAGGUGCAAAUGUAAAUGCUAAGGACCAUGUGUGGUUAACACCAUUGCACAGAGCUGCUGCCUCCCGGAAUGAAGUAAGCAGUGCUGAUCAUCUCUCUAAUGUGAAGAUUAUAAAGCACUGUAUCAAUGUUUGGUACCAUUUUUGGGGUGCUGUCAAGCCCAGUUUGAUUCCUUCUCUCUCCAGAGAGCAGUGGGGCUACUUCUGCGGCAGGGAGCUGAGGCCAAUGCACGAGACAAGUUCUGGCAGACACCACUGCAUGUUGCAGCUGCCAAUAGAGCCACGCGCUGUGCAGAGGCCCUGCUCCCCCAGCUGAGCAAUCUGAGCAUGGCAGACCGCACUGGCAGAACCGCCUUGCACCACGCUGCUCAGAGCGGAUACAUGGAGGUGAGAGGGGAGGGCUGGAAAUACUAUGUUUUUACAAACCAUUUCAGAGUAGGAGUGUUGAUCUAGGAUCAGUUCUCCCAUCUUAUUCAUUAUAAUUUUAAAGGAAAAACUGGUCAUAGAUCAGCAUGCCUACUCUGAGAUGCUUUUGUGAAUAAUGAAAAUAUUAAUAUGUAAUUUUCACCUUGUCUUUCCGCAGAUGGUGAAGUUGCUGCUGAAUAAAGGGGCCAACUUGAGGACCAAUGAUAAGAGAGAGAGACAGCCUAUCCACUGGGCAGCGUACUUAGGUGAGUUGGGCUUUGCACUGGGAAAACUCUUAACAUGAUUUUCUUAGAGUACCGUAAAAUCUGAAUUUCAUAAAUUUGGCGUGAAUGGCAGGUGAUGAAAAUAUUCAGUGUUUCCCAGUAAGUCCUGUUUUUAAGUUGGAUGAACAAUAUGGAUGUACUUCUCACUAGAGGGUGACAUUAAAACAGUACUCCUGUGAGACCCACAGGACACACUCCCUCUCUCCCCUUCUCACACACUUCCUCUCCCAUGUGUCUUAUAGGGCAUCUAGAAGUGUUGAAGCUGCUAGUGUCUCGGAGUGCAGACAAGGGCUGCAAGGACAAGCAGGGCUACACCCCUCUCCACGCUGCCGCUGCCAGCGGACACAUUGACAUAGUCAAGUACCUACUGAGGCUCGGGGCUGAGGUGAGUCAGGUCAAAUUGUAUUCAUUUUACAUUUAUUUUACCAGGUUAGUCUCAUUGAGAUUAAACAUCUCUUUUGCAAGAGAGACCUGGCCAAAAUAGCAAUACACAAAGUUUCAAACAUUUACAACAUCAAACACAAAGCACUACAGUUUUAAAAAACAUCAGUUGACACAUUGAACAGGCACAUUGGUUUUGGGAGGAGUGGUUCAACUAGGGGUCAAAACAUUGACACCCGGGGCCUCCCGAGUGGUGCAGCGGUCUAAGGCACUGAUCAUUGCUAGAGGUGUCACUACAGAUCCGGAUUCGAUCCCGGGCUGUGUCGCAGCCGGCUGCGACCAGGAGACCCAUAAGGCGGUGCACAAUUGGCCCAGCGUCGUGUGGGUUAGGGGAGGGUUUGGCCGGCUGGGAUGUCCUUGUGGCUUCGGUCGCCAGCUGUACAGUGUUUCUUCCGACACAUUGGUGCGGCUGGCUUCCGGGUUAAGCGAGCAGUGUGUCAAGAAGCAGUGCGGCUUGACGGGGUCGUGUUUUGGAGGACACAUGGCUCUCGACCUUUGCCUCUCCCGAGUCCGCACGGGAGUUGCAGCGAUGGGACAAGACUGUAACUACCAAUUUGAUAUCACGAAAAAGGGGUAAAAAAUAAAAAGCCAUUGACAGCCGGCCAAUUCAUUUUCCACCGAAGAUUUUACUAUGGCUUUAAAAUGAUUCAAGGAGAUGAGCUCCUGUAGUUUCAAGUCCUUUUGUAGCUUGUUCCAAGUAGAGGAGGCAAAGUACUGGAAUGCUUUUUUACCUAGCUCUGUACGGGCCUUAGGCACCGUCAAGGAGAUACAGUUCUGUGUGCGUAGGCGAUAUUUGUCAUUAGUCAGCUGCGUGUACACCGGUAAAAUGUGAGCUGUCUCAAAAUGGCCUUAUGGGUAAAUGGAUGCUCAAGAUAGCCAUAGGAAGUAAUAUUAAUUGAGAGUUCUAGUCUGACCAUUACCAGAAGAGACAGAGGAUUAUCUUUGAUUACAAUUAAAUUCUCUCCUUUUUUAAAUUUUUUUUAUAUUUGUUGCUUAGCUAUCUCCUCAUGUCUUGUGUGAUCUUGCACUCUUUCAGCUGGAUGAGCCAAAUGCCUUUGGGAACACUGCGCUGCAUGUGGCCUGCUACACAGGCCAAGAGGCUGUGGCCAACGAGCUGGUGAACCACGGAGCUAACGUCAACCAGCCCAACAGGAGUGGCUAUACCCCACUGCACCUGGCCGCUGUGUCCACCAACGGGGCCCUCUGCCUGGAGCUGCUGGUCAACAACGGGGCCGACGUCAACCAGCAGGUCUGGGCCCGUAUUCAGAAAGCGUCAAUGAGUAGAAAUACUGAUCUAGGAUCAGGUCCCCGCCUGUCUAUGUAAACCUAUUCAUUAUGAUCUAAAAUGCAAAACUGAUCCUAGAUCAGCACCUCUACUCUGAGACAGCCUUACAUGUUGUUUAAUGGGUGGCGAUGGGAGGAUUUAUCUGUUCUCUGCCAGACUAGUUACUUAGUUUGCCAUCUUUCUCUUCUCCCUUCUCCAGAGUAAUGCAGGGAAGAGCCCCCUGCACAUGGCAGCCAUUCACGGACGCUUCACCCGCUCUCAGAUCCUCAUCCAAAACGGUAACCAUGACAACCCAUCUGACUGAAUGACGUGUUAGGAUGCUUUAUACAAGUCCUGUCCCACUGGUUCUCUGAUUUAAUGUUUCUUGUUUGUUUGUUGUUAGGUGGAGAGAUUGACAGUGUGGAUAAAUAUGGCAAUACCCCCCUCCAUGUUGCUGCUAAGUACGGCCAUGAACUACUGAUCAGCACACUGAUGACCAACGGUGCAGAUACAGCCAGACAAGGGAUUCAUGGGAUGUUCCCGCUGCACCUGGCUGUGCUCUAUGGGUUUUCAGACUGUUGUCGUAAGCUACUCUCCUCAGGUUGGUACUUAUAUACAUUAUAUUAUUCAUUCAAACACGCAUCUGUUGGAUUCUGUUUCACAAUGCCUAUACACUGGAGGAGCUGUGUCUUUAGUGUCAGAAUGUAGUGUCUUGUAUGUUAUCUGUGUUUGAUUGAUCAGUCCUGGUUGCCUCUUCCUCUCCCCUCAGGUCAGCUGUACAGUAUUGUUUCAUCCAUGAGUAAGGAGCACGUACUAUCAGCCGGGUUUGACAUAAACACUCCAGACAACUUUGGAAGGACCUGUCUACACGCUGCUGCUUCUGGAGGGUAAGACACAGAAUCACACUCCAAAACUGGACCUACUCUGAACUAUUGUAUUGGAUAAUUCUCAUCAUGUUAUUCCUCACUUCUCCGCUUCUGACAGAAACGUUGAAUGUCUGAACUUGCUCUUAAGCAGUGGUACCGACUUGAAUCAGAGGGACCAAUCGGGAAGGUGCGUUUUUGCCACUGAUUAAUUUCUUUGUCUGUGUUUGUACUCAACCUGGUGUGGGUACGAGAUAAUAAUGUUCUGUGGAAUAGUCAGUGAUUUGAGAUUGCUGGGGUACUGUAAAAGCUCUUUGUGACAACGGCUAAUGUAAAAAGUGCUUUAUGAAUACAUUUGAUUGAUUUAAUGCACUGAUUAUUAGGUGGGCCUUCUCUCUCUGUCUCUCAGGACUCCGUUGCACUAUGCAGCUGCUAAUGGGAGGUACCAAUGCACUGUGACCCUAGUGAGUGCUGGUGCUGAGGUCAACGAGCCAGACCAUACAGGUUGCACUCCCCUACACUACUCUGCUGCCUCCCAGGCCUUCUGCAGGUAGGAACUCACACACACACUCCAUCCACAAAUACACCAAGACGCUUUCAGGAAACAUAGCUACGUGUUGAAUUAGUGAAUAAAUGUGUUCAUUCUGCACUUCCAGAAUGGACCGACAUUUCCCCGGGACUCUUCAGAGCGAGGAGGAUGGAGAUAAGGAGUCCUAUUUGUUAGUUUACUGUCUGCAACCAUUAUUCUGUAUAGUUUUUAUUUUUUACAUUUCUACUGAUUUAAAGAUCUGCUUAAAGGACUCAAAAGAUGUUGUUAAUUUCAUGACCACUACUUGACUGUUGCUUUUGUUUGUCUUUGUUGCUAGUUGCUUGGAGCAUCUGUUGGACAACGGUGCAGACCCAUCCCUGGUCAACUCUAAAGGUUACAGUGCUGUUCACUAUGCUGCUUCCCACGGCAACAAGCAGAACCUGGAACUGGUGAGUCCUUCUGUUUGUUCAGUACCUUGCAUAGCUACAGCCAUUUAGGUCAAUUGUUUUUCAUCAUGGCUUUGCUGUAUCUGUGGAUAGUAAUACAUCAAGAAUCUGUCCCUUUAGCUCCUGGAAAUGUCGUUUAAUGCAUUGGGAGACAUUGAGAGCAGUAUUCCAGUGAGUCCGUUGCAUUUAGCUGUAAGUGCUUUUCAUUCCUAAAAUCCUCUCUGUUACUUCUUAGCUUGAGACAAUGAGUGUGUGUUUCCUAUAGAGAAGAUGCCAUGUUCAUAUAGAGCAGCCAAAAACAUGACUGUUUCCUGUCGUAUCCCAUCUCCUCUCCCCCUCAGGCUGAUAAUGGCCACUGGCAGGCAUUGAGUGUGCUGACGGAGACUGCUGCAUACGUAGAUGUACAGGAUGCCUCGGGCCGCUCUGUGCUCUACUUGGCUUCCCAGAGAGGUUACGUCCGCUGUGUAGAGGUCCUGCUGGCCCAGGGGGCCUCCUGCCUCCUCAAUGAGAACAGCCACAUGUGGACCCCUCUACACGUCGCAGGUACGGAUCACUUCAUGGUUCUUUACCCCCCCUUCCCAAAGAACCAGAUGUGGGUUCAAAUGAAUUAGUUUCAAGUUUAUUUGCCAUGUGUAAUGAAUACAUGCAAGCAUGUGUCCCUGUGUAUGUUCGAUAUUGUCUGUUUUAGCAAGUAUGUAAUAGCUUAGAAACAAAGCAGUCAGGGUUGAAUGUGUAAUGAAAUUAUAUUUGUUUCAUAUCAGCUGCCAACGGCCACACGGAAUGUCUGCACAUGCUGGUGGACAGCGGGGAGGAGGCAGACCUUACCAACAUCACAGACACACAGGGACAGUGAGUAGUCUCUCUCUUUCUGGCUGCCUGCCAGGAAACGUUGUUGUUGUAAUGUCAAUGAUUGUGUUAUUUACUUUUAGUAACUCCAUAUACAGUUGAAGUCCUCUGUAGCUCAGUUGGUAGAGCACGGCGCUUGUAACGCCAAGGUAGUGGGUUCGAUCACCGGAACCACCCAUACACAAAAAAAAUUAAUGAAUGCACGCAUGACUGUAAGUCGCUUUGGAUAAAAGCGUCUGCUAAAUGGCAUAUUAUUAUUAGUCGGAAGUUUACAUUCACCUUGGCCAAAUACAUUUAAACUCAGUUUUUCACAAUUCCUGACAUUUUAAUCCUAGUAAAAUUCCCUGUCUUAGGUCAGUUAGGAUCACCACUUUAUUUUAAGAAUGUGAAAUGUCAGAAUAAUAGUAUAAUUAUUUAUUUCUGCUUUUAUUUCUUUCAUCACAUUCCCAGUGGGUCAGAAGUUUACAUACACUCAAUUAGUAUUUGGUAGCAUUGCCUUUAAAUUGUUUAACUUGGGUCAAACGUUUCGGGUAGCCUUCCACAAGCUUCCCACAGUAAGUUGGGUGAAUUUUGGCCCAUUCCUCCUGACAGAGCUGGUGUAACUGAGUCAGGUUUGUAGGCCUCCUUGCUCUCACACGCUUUUUCAGUUCUGCCCACACAUUUUCUAUAGGAUUGAGGUCAGGGCUUUGUGAUGGCCACUCCAAUACCUUGACUUUGUUGUCCCUACCACAACUUUGGAAGUACCCUGAAUCUUUUCUACAACACCCGGAAAUCUGCCCCCUUUAUUCAAUGUACCCAACGCACUAGAAGACCAGUUCUUAAAGCCUUUAGCCGUAUCCUUAUUCUAGUCCUCCUCUGUUCCUCUGGUGAUGUAGAGGCUAACCCAGGCCCUGCAGCCCUCAGUAUCACUCCUACUCCCCAGGCGCUAUCAUUUGCUGACUUCUGUAAUCGCAAAAGUCUUGGUUUCUUGCACGUAAACAUCAGAAGUCUACUUCCUAAGUUUGAGUUAUUCACUGCGUUAGCACACUCCGCCAACCCUGAUGUUCUAGCAGUGUCUGAAUCCUGGCUCAGGAAGGCCACCAAAAAUUCUGAAAUUUCCAUCCCCAACUAUAACAUUUUCCGUCUAGAUAGAACUGCCAAAGGGGGUGGAGUUGCAAUCUACUGUAGAGAUAGCAUGCAGAGCUCUAUCAUACUAUCCAGGUCUGUGCCCAAACAGUUUGAGCUUCUACUUCUAAAAAUCCACCUUUCCAGAAAUAAGUCUCUCACUGUUGCCGCUUGCUACAGACCCCCCUCAGCCCCCAGAUGUGCCCUGGACACCAUAUGUGAAUUGAUUGCCCCCCAUUUAUCCUCAGAGUUCGUACUGCUUGGUGACCUAAAUUGGGAUAUGCUUAAUACCCCAGCCAUCCUACAAUCCAAACUAGAUGCCCUCAACCUCACGCAAAUUAUCAACGAACCUACCAGGUACAACCCUAAAUCCGUAAACAUGGGUACCCUCAUAGAUAUCAUCCUGACUAACAAAUACACCUCAGCUGUCUUCAACCAGGAUCUCAGCGAUCACUGCCUUAUUGCCUGCGUCCGUAACGGGUCCGCGGUCAAACGACCACCCCUCAUCACUGUCAAACGCUCCCUAAAACACUUUAGCGAGCAGGCCUUCCUAAUUGACCUGGCCCAGGUAUCCUGGAUGGAUAUAGAUCUCAUUCCGUCAGUAGAGGAUGCCUGGUUGUUCCUUAAAAGUAAUUUCCUCUCAAUCUUAAAUAAACAUGCCCCAUUCAAAAAAUACAGAACUAAGAACCGAUAUAGCCCCUGGUUCUCCUCAGACUUGACUGCCCUUGACCAGCACAAAAACAUCCUGUGGCGUACUGCAUUAGCAUCAAAUAGCCCCCGCGAUAUGCAACUUUUCAGGGAAGUUAGGAACCAAUAUACACAAGCAGUCAGGAAAGCAAAGGCAAACUUUUUCAAACACAAAUUUGCAUCCUGUAGCACUAACUCCAAAAAGUUUUGGGACACUGUAAAGUCCAUGGAGAAUAAGAGCACUUCCUCCCAGUUGCCCACUGCACUGAGGCUAGGAAACACUAUCACCACCGAUAAAUCUACAAUAAUCGAGAAUUUCAACAAGCAUUUUGCUACAGCUGGCCAUGCUUUCCAUCUGGCUACCACUACCCCGGCCACCAACUCUGCACCCUCCGCUGAAACUUGCCCAUGCCCCCCCCCGCUUCUCCUUCACACAAAUUCAGACAGCUGACGUUUUGAAAGAGCUGCAAAAUCUGGACCCCUACAAAUCAGCUGGGCUAGACAAUCUGGACCCUUUCUUUCUAAAACUAGCCGCCGAAAUUGUCGCAACCCCUAUUACUAGUCUGUUCAACCUCUCUUUCAUAACGUCUGAGAUCCCCAGAGAUUGGAAAGCUGCCGCGGUCAUCCCCCUCUUCAAAGGGGGUGACACUCUAGAUCCAAACUGCUACAGACCUAUAUCCAUCCUGCCCUGCCUUUCGAAAGUAUUUGAAAGCCAAGUUAACAAACAGAUCACCGACCAUUUCGAAUACCACCGUACCUUCUCCGCUAUGCAAUCCGGUUUCCGAGCUGGUCAUGGGUGCACUUCAGCCACGCUCAAGGUCCUAAACGAUAUUAUAACCGCGAUUGAUAAUAGACAGUACUGUGCAGCCGUCUUCAUCGACCUGGCCAAGGCUUUCGACUCUGUCAACCACCGCAUUCUUAUUGGCAGACUAAAUAGCCUUGGUUUCUCAAAUGACUGCCUUGCCUGGUUCACCAACUACUUCUCAGAUAGAGUUCAGUGUGUCAAAUCGGAGGGCCUGUUGUCUGGACCUAUGGCAGUCUCUAUGGGGGUGCCACAGGGUUCAAUUCUUGGGCCGACACUUUUCUCUGUGUAUAUCAAUGAUGUCGCUCUUGCUGCUGGUGACUCUCAGAUCCACCUCUACGCAGACGACACCAUUUUGUAUACAUCUGGCCCUUCAUUGGACACUGUAUUAACAAACCUCCAAACGAGCUUCAAUGCCAUACAACACUCCUUCAGGAGCCUCCAACUGCUCUUAAACACUAGUAAAACUAAAUGCAUGCUUUUCAAUCGAACGCUGCUGGCACCCGCCCACCCGACUAGAAUCACCACUCUUGACGGGUCUGACCUAGAGUAUGUGGACAACUACAAAUACCUAGGUGUCUGGUUAGACUGUAAACUCUCCUUCCAGACUCACAUAAAGAAUCUCCAAUCCAAAGUUAAAUCUAGAAUCGGCUUCCUAUUUCGCAACAAAGCCUCCUUCACUCAUGCUGCCAAACAUGCCCUCGUAAAACUGACUAUCCUACCGAUCCUUGACUUCGGCGAUGUCAUUUACAAAAUAGCCUCCAACACUCUACUCAGCAAAUUGGAUGUAGUCUAUCACAUUGCCAUCCGUUUUGUCUCCAAAGCCCCAUACGCUACCCACCACUGUGACCUGUAUGCUCUUGUUGGCUGGUCCUCACUACAUGUUCGUCGUCAAACCCACUGGCUCCAGGCCAUCUAUAAAUCACUGCUAGGCAAAUCCCCGCCUUAUUUUAGCUCAUUGGUCACCAUAGCAGCACCCACCCGUAGUCUGCGCUCCAGCAGGUAUAUCUCACUGGUCAUUCCCAAAGCCAACACCUCCUUUGGCCGCCUUUCCUUCCAGUUCUCUGCUGCCAAUGACUGGAACGAAUUGCAAAAAUCUCUGAAGCUGGAGACUCUUAUCUCCCUCACUAACUUUAAGCAUCAGUUGUCAGAGCACCUUACCGAUCACUGCACCUGUACACAGCCCAUCUGAAAUUAGCCCACCCAACUACCUCAUCCCUAUAUUGUUAUUUAUUUUGCUCUUUUGCACCCCAGUAUCUCUAUUUGCACAUCAUCUCUUGCACAUCUAGCAUUCCAGUGUUAAUACUAUUGUAAUUAUUUUGCACUAUAGCCUAUUUAUUGCCUUACCUCCAUAACUUGCUACAUUUGCACACACUGUAUAUAUAUUUUCUGUUGUAUUUUUGACUUUAUGUUUUUUACCCCAUCUGUAACUCUGUGUUGUUUUUAUCGCACUGCUUUGCUUUAUCUUGGCCAGGUCGCAGUUGUAAAUGAGAACUUGUUCUCAACUGGCUUACCUGGUUAAAUAAAGGUGAAAUAAAAUAAAAAUGUUUGGGGUCCAUUGUCCAUUUGGAAGACCAUUUGCAACCAAGCUUUAACUUCCUAAGUAAUAUAUUGAGAUGUUGCUUCAAUAUAUCCACAUAAUUUUCCUUCCUCAUGAUGCCAUCUAUUUUGUGAAGUGCACCAGUCCCUCCUGCAGCAAAGCACCCCCACAGCAUGAUGCUGCCACCCCCGUGCUUCACGGUUGGGAUGGUGUUCUUCGGCUUGCAAGCAACCCCCUUUUUCCUCCAAACAUAACGAUGGUCAUUAUGGCAAACAGUUCUAUUUUUGUUUCAUCAGACCAGAGGACAUUUCUCCAAAAAGUACGAUCUUUGUCCCCAUGUGCAGUUGCAAACCGUAGUCUGGCAUUUUUAUGGCGGUUUUGGAGCAGUGGCUUCUUCCUUGCUGAGCGGCCUUUCAGGUUAUGUCGAUAUAGGACUUGUUUUACUGUGGAUAUAGAUACUUUUGUACCUGUUUCCUCCUUGUUCUGGGAUUGAUUUGCACUUUUCGCACCAAAGUACCUUAAUCUCUAGGAGACAGAACGCGUUUCCUUCCUGAGCUGUAUGACGGCUGCGUGGUCCCAUGGUGUUUAUACUUGCGUACUAUUGUUUGUACAGAUGAACGUGGUACCUUCAGGCGUUUGGAAAUUGCUCCCAAAGAUGAACCAGACUUGUGGAGGUCUACAAAUUUGUUUCUGAGGUCUUGGCUGAUUUCUUUUGAUUUUCCCAUGAUGUCAAGCAAAGAGGCACUGAGUUUGAAGGUUGGCCUUGAAAUACAUCCACAGAUACACCUCCAAUUGACUCAAAUGAUGUCAAUUAGCCUAUCAGAAGCUUCUAAAGCAUGACAUCAUUUUCUGGAAUUUUCCAAGCUGUUUAAAGGCACCGUCAACUUAUUGUAUGUAAACUUCUGACUCACUGGAAUUGUGAUACAGUGAAAUAAUCUGUCUGUAAACAAUUGUUGGAAUAAUUACUUGUGUCAUGCACAAAGUAGAUGUCCUAACCGACUUGCCAAAACUAUAGUUUGUUAACAAGACAUUUGUGGAGUGGUUGAAAAACGAGUUUUAAUGACUCCAACCUAAGUGUAUGUAAACUUCCGACUUCAACUGUAGAUACAGUGUCAGGAAUACAGUUUAGGCUGUUUACUGAAGAUUUACAGAAUCACACUGUCUGCUAGAAAGCAUUGUUGUUGACGUUGUUAUGUAAAUGACUGUGUGGUCCUCCAUAUCUUCCUCCUCAGGACUCCUCUGAUGCUGGCCGUUCUAGGUGGCCAUACAGACUGUGUCCACCUGCUGUUGGAGAAGGGGGCCUGGCCUGACGCCAAGGACAAGAGGGGCAGCACUGCCCUGCACAGAGGGGUGAGCUACACUCCUGGAGGCUUUUCACACUACUGAGCUGAGCAGGACUUAGUGAAACUGUCCUGUGAAAAAGGUCAUAUUGUAGAGCUCUAGACCUAGCCUGCCUGGUUGUUAUGUGAUACAGAGGAACACUGCAACAUUAGUUUAAAAUGUAUAUUAAAGCACUGUAAAAGUUGAUGAAAUAUAGCUGUGUAACUCUUUGGUCCCUGUCCCGUAGGCGGUGGUGGGCCGUGAGGACUGUGUGACGGCCCUGCUGGAUCACGAGGCAUCUGCCCUGUGUCGGGACGGCCAGGGUCGUACCCCCCUGCACUACGCUGCCUCCCGCCGCUAUACUGACAUCCUCGCCAGUCUGCUGCGUGCCGCCACUCGCUCCGAUCCUCUGGACUCCCUAUUGGACCACGAUGAGUACACACCGUCUCACUGGGCCGCCUACCAAGGUCUGCAUGGUUAUUGGUUACAUCCCAAAACACCCUCUUUCAAUAAGGGUGUAUAUUUAAAUGUAUAAAUGAAAUGUGGGGGGGGAAACAGUUUCUGUUUUGUAGUGUGACUGUUCGUAAUUCAAAUGAAAUCGCUAUGUACAUUUGAAACACACUUUUUUCUUCCUCCUAUCAGGGCAUGAAGGCUGUUUGGAGGUUUUACUUGAACACAAAACAUGUAGUAGCCAGGAGGGAAACUCCUUUACCCCGUUGCACUGUGCUCUGUGAGUAUUCUCUAAUCAAUGUUUUAAACAUUAUAAUACAUUAUUAGGGCAAUGUCUGUAAAACAGUGUUUGGGAAAGGAUCAGUAAUGAUGGGUUCUAUAAACGGGUUGGUUGUUUAGCAACAAAACUGACGCGUGCUAAACUACAGGGUUGGCUUAGACUGUUGACAACAUGUAAACUAUAUUUAGUCUUCAAAUGUUUAUUGAAAACAAAUACAUUUGCACAAUGAGCACUUGUUGUCUCUCAAAUACAUCGUUACAGUUGUCGGUUAGCUAGCUAGCGAAAUUUAGCCAUAUUAGCAUAGACAUCAGUCAAAACGCCUCAAGACAUGGUAGCAAUAACGAUACAAUGAGCUGAAACGAGCCACCUACGAUUCCCUACAGGGCAGCUUCUUGUCAUUGUUGCUAGCUAUCUGACCGUUCGGAAUCCAGCCACAUCGAUGCACGCUUAUCAUUUUCAUGGCGUUAUCAGCCAACCCGUCUGUGGUCAUGUUUCCUAUGAGUUGGUAGUGACCUUUGAUGUGUGAUGUUACAGAAUGAAUGGCCGUAGUGCAGCUGCAGAGAUGCUGUUGGAAUCUGCUGGUGUACAGAUGGUUAACACCAGGGAUACUAAAGGAAGGUAAGUUAAUUGAGAGCAAGGUGUCAUUACCUUACUAGAUGUUUACUUGGGUAUCUCCCGUUUCAUUGGUAUGUCUUCUGAGCUGUACCUCUGCACUCAGUGUGGCUCCAGUUUUAACUCCUGUUUCAUUGUCAUGCGAGACUGAGCUUUCCAAGAUUGGGCUGCCUCUCUCUUUGCCUAUAGGACCCCUCUUCACGCCGCAGCAUGUGCCGAGGACGUGGCGGGGCUGCAGCUGGUCCUACGCCACGGAGCUGAGAUCAACGCCGUGGACCACACCGGACGCUCUGCUCUCAUGGUCGCCGCCGACAACGGACAGAGUGGCACUGUGGGUAAGUCUACAGAGCACCUUUUCGUUGAUGUUUUGCAAAAGGAUAGAGUUAAACAGGUUCUCCCUCAUCUAAGCCUAUGAAGAAGAAUGAACUAACACUUGAUUGGAGGGAAUUCAUUAUGUGUUGGGUAGAGCUGUAAAGAUGAAUCCUGUGUCAUUUAUCUCUUGGUUCUUCCCUGGUGUUUCCAGCCAUCCUCCUGCACCGGGCCAAGGCUGACCUGACACUGCUGGACGACAAUGGAAAUACUGCCCUGCAUCUGGCCUGCAGCAAGGUAAGCACUCCUCACAAUAUCAUCAGAGCUCAGAAAGAAAUGGAGUGUAAUAACACAACAUUCAAGCUUUGACUAUUCAGCACCUCUGACUGGAGAUUAAGGAAGUGCAUGUAUUGAUGAUGAUGGUUGACGUAAGCAUGUUUCUAUAUUUGUCUCGCAGGCUCAUGAGAUGUGUGCCCUGCUGAUUCUGGGGGAGAUCCAUAACGCUACCCUCGUCAAUGCAACCAACGCUGCACUGCAAAUGCCCCUGCAUCUAGCAGCACGCAACGGUCUGGCCACCGUGGUCCAGGCACUGCUGAGUCGAGGAGCCACAGUACUGGCAGUGGAUGAGGAGGGUAAGGAGAGACACUAUUCCACCUUUCUCCAAACCUCAUCUUCAUUUUAACAUCUUAAAGUCCUAAUGCUAUGGGCUUUCUAAUUUAUUUCUGAUUGUUACUUACUUAGGCAUUUUUCUCCUCCUUGAGCAUAGGAGACAACAGCUUUCUAGUGUAUCUGGUCUGAUGGUGUUUCUGUUGUUGACCAGGCCACACUCCAGCCCUGGCCUGCGCCCCCAACAAGGAUGUGGCUGACUGCCUGGCUCUGAUCCUCUCUACCAUGAAGCCUUUCCCUCCUCUGGACUCUUCCUCCUGCUCCUCUUCCUCAUGCCCCUCUUCCUCCUGCUCCUCCGUCUCUGUCUCCUCCUCCAUCUCCCCCGGUCUCAACCUACUGAAGCACUGCGGCAUCACCGCUGCCUGCACGCCCCUGCCCAACGGAGGCCUCCACCAUCACCACGGCUAA